CAAAGAAGAAGUGUAACCGGAAAAGAACAGCGACCAAGAACAAUUUCCACGUUAGAGUUGUUGUUAUUUAUACGUUUAUUAACACCAUGGAACUCAAAAUGAGCAAUUUAACUGCACAACAUCACAUACUUACAGCACUUGAUUGACAGAUGUUAUCGAUUGUCGCGGUAACGCUAGCCAGCUAGUUAGCGGAUAACGUUAGCUAACGAUGGCUAACAGUAUGGUUUUUCACACUCAAAUAGCCUCCAUCAUGGAGGUGCUAGCGAAUGCAGCCGUGGCAGAGGUCUGUAAACUCGUAGACGACGAUUAUGCAGUGUUUCGUUUGGAAAUGUCUCAAAGCCAGAAAGAAAACAGGGCAUUGCGAAGGAAACUACAGCUAUUCGAACUGAAGGUGGCACGGGAGCGCGUCCUCGCCAGUCGUCCCAGUAGUGUCAAGCUCGUCGACAGACACAGAGGAAUGGCAAGAGGUGAAGGACAUCUCACUGGAGGCCACAGGAGUUUUGUGAAGCCAGUGGGACACAAUACAUGGAGAGAUGACCAACCAAUCACUAUUGAUGAGGGGAGUGGAACCUCAACCCAGCCGGUUAUCGUGAUAGAGUCUGCAGAUGCAGAGGCUGCUGGUCCUGGGGUCAAGCAGGAGAAGACUGAAAGAGAGGAGGACCCACAGCAAAGCAGAGACAUCCAGACUGGACCGACUGGAAUGCCCCCUGUAGCCACGGAGGACACCGCCCCAGCGCAGUCCAGUUACCAACGCAUUGUCACUGAGGUCUGUGGAACACCAAACGCUGUCCUAAAGUCAGAGACGGACACUGAGACUUUAACUGUAACACACAGGCUCUUACACACAGGACCUGACCACGGAUCAGACCCAGAGAGACUUGGGCUGGGGCCAUUGGGCUGUCCUCCUGUUCCUGGUUCAGAAUACUUACCGAUAUUUCACCAGGUCCAGAGGACGGUUCAUUCUCGUGGAGAUGGUGAGGUGUUAUACACAGGCAUUGAUGACCUGUCUUGUACUUACGCUACAGAGAUGGACCCUGGCAACGUAUCCUUGGAUUUAGAGACACAGAAUGAUCUGUCUAGAGGGGACUGGAACCGGUACAGUAGUAGUGCAUACUCUGAAGGGUGCCUAGAUAAGAAAGGAGAGGUUAUAGUCGUAGACGAAGUGACUGUGAAAGUGGAGGGUGACGCUCCUCCCACAUGGAAUGCAAAUAGUCACCUAGGAGACAGACACUCACAAGGCAGAGAUUUCUUAGAUUACAGGGAAAGCUUAGAGACAAAUCCAAAUGUCGUCCACCCGUUCCGGGAUCGCGACCCAGUGUCCACGUCAAUGGGGCCUUCCGAUUCACACGGCUGUGCCCUUUUGGAUCAGGCAUUGAACUCAAAAGACAGGGCUAGAGCACAGGCUCUGGGAGGGGAAGCAACAUCUGGCAAAAAACAGGGGGUGAAACCCUUUAGCUGUACCCAGUGUUCUAUGCGCUUCGCCCAGGCUGGCAACCUGAAGAGGCACCAGAGGGUCCACACAGGGGAGAAACCAUUCAGCUGUACCCAGUGUCACAUGUGUUUCGCCCAGGCUGGUGACCUGAAGAGGCACCAGAGGGUCCACACAGGAGAGAGACCUUACAGCUGCCCCCAGUGUGAGAAGAGGUUCUCCCACCAGCACCAUCUGAAGAUGCACUUGAAGAUCCACACUGAAGCGAGGCUGUUCGCCUGUACGCCCUGCGGGAAGAGAUUUUCAGAUAGGAGCUACCUCAGGAUACACCAGCAGAAAAACCAUUCCACUCUAUAACAUAGAAAGUAACCAUUUGACUCGAUAGCUUCUGACAUUUAGAUCAAACCCUGCAUUAAAAGAUUAACUUUCAUUGUUGUCAGCAGAACAUUUGGAUUAACAAGAGUCACAGAUUUCAGUGUUGAAUAUUCCUGGGUAGAAUAAUGCAUCCUACAAUACUGUGUAGGCCAGUGGUCACCAACCUAUUCAAGAUCACUUUCAUUGAUCUAUCGCUCAGAUUUUUUUUAAAACAUUACUUAACAGUUUUGUAGGAAUGAGGUUUGGGCAGUAUGACUAAUACAUUAUCACAGCAUACUGGCUAUAUGCCUGGCCUGCCAAUAUUUGUUCUUCUCAGACCAUAUUUCAAAAUUCAAGCUUUGUUUACAAAAUAGAUCAGUUGGUGUAGCAACUUGCUUAGCAUAAAUUGAAAUAAUUUGCUUUUUUAUUUUACUGGACUGAUGGUACCUGCAUCUUAUUAUCAUGGUGCUUUCAAUACAAAUGGGAGCUCGGGGAAAAAACUAGGUCAAAUCAUGAUGUCAGUGAUCUUCAGGUUGGAAAGUCUGAGGUCUAGAAAGAUGCCAGAAUUUCUGACUUGGAAUUCAUGACCAUUCAAAGCAAUUCUUUCCAGUUGGAUCUCAAUUUUUUCAGAGUUCCCAGUUGUUUCGAACACAGCAUUAGUCUCAGUGGAGGGAGGGAGAGAACAGCAGAGGGUCCACUUCUCACAGUCACUGCUCUCUCCUACUUUUCCUCUGGUGAGACUGAACAGAGAGAGGGGACACCGUCUUCCACCUGAUGGCGAAACUCGAGUCGAAAGUGAAAUAUUCCUCUUAAAGUAGACACGACGAUGGACUAAUAAUAAUAAAAAACCGCAGGGCUAGCAAUACACUUGGCUACUCAUUCAUUGCCGCUGCAUUGCGAGUUUAAGUAGUAGAGAAGAGCAUUUUAUGUUUUGCAAUGGUGCUGAAUUAUUUUUAUUUUUGACAUGAACUCACUCAUAAAAACAGCAGCUCUUUACUGUAAUUCUUUGACAGUCUCUGUGGUCAUGGUUUUAAAAGUUAUUAAGUCUUACGUAGGCUAGUAUCAAACUUUACUUUGGAAGCUCUGUAGGCACAGUGAUUUGAGAUAUCUGAUUGGCCAGUGCAGUAGGCGCACUCACUCGGUCCGCCUGGUAGGUUUGUCUUUUCAAACAAAUGAAAUGGUUCAAAAUGGCAAGAAUUUGCUUAACCGGUGACAGCACCUACCGCCAACAGCGCAACACAAAUCACAUUUAAAAAGGAGCGCAAGCCUUUAUCACAACCUUUAUUGUCGUUUUUUCUACAGAAAUGUUUGGCGGUAGGUCUUGAAGAUUGACUGGUUGGUGAUCACUGGUGUAGGCUAUAUGAUGUUCACAAAUGCCUAUUUUAUACAUCCAUUCACCAACUAACAUUUUUUCCCAAGACACUUUUAAUGAGGAAAUGAAUGCAGUUUAUCAAGUUAAUGCAGUUUCUUAGUUGAGAUCUGUGUAUGUGUGGUUUUCACCCUGUUCUGCAUUCACCCGACAGCGCUUUAACAAAUCUAAUCAAAUCUAAUCAAGUUCACUGGUCGCAUACACAGAUUUGCAGAUGAUAUCGCAGGUGCAGGCAAGUGCUUGUGUUUCUAGCUCCAACAGUUCAGUAAUUAAUACCAGGUAACAUAAAACAAUACACACAUAAUCCCAAGUGGUGCAGCGGUCUAAGGUGCUGCAUCUCAGUGCUAAAGGCAUCACUACAGACACCCUGGUUCAAAUCCAGGCUGUAUCACAACCGGUCGCGAUUUGGAGUCCUAUAGGGUGGCGCACAAUUGGCCCAGUGUCGUCUGGGUUUGGCCGGUGUAGGCCAUCAUUGUAAAUACGAAUUUGUUCUUAACUGACUUGCCUAGUUAAAUAAAUGUUAACAAAUAUAUAUUUUAUAUAUAUAUGUAGAAAUUAAGAAAUAUUAGAACGAGCCUUGUCAGAGUCCGGGAAAUAUACAGUGAAAGUAUUCAUACCCUUUGACUUAUUCCAUAAUGUGUUGUGUUACAGCCUGAAUUCAAAACCGUGUUUUUAGACAUCUUUGCAAAUGUAUUGAUAAUGAAAUACAGAAAUAUCUCAUUUACGUAAGUGUUCACACCCCUGAGUCAAUACUUUGUAGAAGCACCUUUUGGCAGUAAUUACAGCUGUGAGUCUGUAAGUCUCUAAGAGCUUUCCACACCUGGAUUGUGCAACAUUUGCCCAUUUAUUAUUUUCAAAAUUCUUUCAAAGUGGUUGUUGAACAUUGCUAGACAACUGUUUUCAGGUUAGAUUUUCAAGUAGAUUUUAGUCAAAACUGUAACUCGGCCACUCAGGAACAUUCAAUGUCUUCUUGGUAAGAAACCCCAGUUUGCCUGUGGUUAGCUCUAUUCCAAUUAUUUUUUUAUCCUGAAAAACUCCCCAGUCCCUAAAGAUUACAAGCAUACCCACAACAUGAUGCAGCCAUCACUAUGAUUGAAAAUAUGGAGAGUGGUACUCAGUGAUGUAUUGGAUUUGCCCCAAACAUAACACUUUGUAUUCAGAACAAAAAGUGAAUUGCUUUGCCACAUGUUUUGCAGUAUUACGUUAGUGCCUUGUUGCAAACAGAAUGCAUGUUUUUGAAUAUUUUUAUUCUGUACAGGCUUCCUUUUCACUCUGUAAUUUAUGUUAGUAUUGUGGAGUAACUACAAUGUUGUUGAUCCAUCCUCAAUUUUCUCCUAUCACAGCAAUUAAACAAUGUAACUGUUUUAAAGUCA